GUCACAUAUACUGCACUGCUCAGUGAUUUGUAUCAGAUUAUAGUAAACUUAACAGAUUUUUGUGAUCGGUUGAAAAUCGUUGGUGCAGUUUUUAAUUCUAACAUGGAAUCGUUAGAUUAUACAAUAAAAUUUGUUUGCGUUUGUGGAACUACUUUGAGAUUUCGUUUCAAGGCUCAAUCAUUUUUUUUUGUGUUAUAUGGAAUGUUAUAGUUUUUUUCCGUGUACAUCAAUGUGUGCACAGCACACGACGAUCCAACAUCGAAAAACUAUGAUAUUCAAUCAUCAUGAAGCCGAAUCCAUUUUGUUUUUCUUUGUCACCUUCUCGUAUUCAACGCAUUUUCAACCGCAAAAGUAAGAACUUGUUAAAUAAAUUCGAUCUAUAAGUGGUUUUUUACUGUUAACAUGGGAAAAACACGUAAAAAUAUUAAACAAAAAAGUGAUGCUAAGAAAGCAAAUAUGGAAAACAUGAAAUUUAUGGAAAGCUUGGUAAGAACUUCAAAUGCAUUUUUAUGCACUCAUAUUUAACUUAUGUUUUACACUUUCUAAACAGCAACUAGUUGCCACACCGAUCUCAAAAACAAAACCCAAAAAGAAAUUGUGUACCAGCAUUAAUCCUCCGGUCAACUUACCAUCGCCGGUCAAAUCCGUUGUUCUGGAGCAAGGCAUUGCAGAUACCGUACCGACAUCUGAGGCACAGAUUUUCGAACUUGGAACGACUAUUGCUGGGGACCUACCAGUCAAAACAAUCACUGUCCCGACAGUUGAAACCGGUAUGGACAUUCCAGAGGUCCUAAGGGUUGACUCCAAUGCACCCCCAUUUCAGCCAACUUUUGCUGGACAUGAUGUCUCAAUAAUUAAAGUGGUGUUGGACUGCAAUGAAGCUGCCAGCGAAGAAUGCGUUGAUUUUGAAGACAAACCGCUCGAAACCGCUCCAGAUCUCAACGCUGUUCUCGUACUCCAGCAUCGGGUGGCAAUGCUUGAAUCGGAAAUUGGAGCACUUCGGCGAGAUAACGCUAAACUACGAUCGUUAAACAUGCGGCUCCAGGAAACCCUUGUUGAGCGGCCAAAUGGUACAUCAUUUACCGAAAUCCCUGGAUUUCCCGACGCAAAAUGGUUGUUAAGCGUCUCGCAGAAUGCUCAGGACAGCGAUUAUCUCUUUGUCAAGGAGUUAGUUGUUCGUCUAUUUCCCCUUGGUGUAGGGAAUGCCACUGUCUCUGGGCAUCCAUCGAACAACCCAUUUGGACGAGGAAUAAAGAAUGGGCUUGAACCCGACGCUCGAACUAAUGUUGGACGACUGGAUCCAGUCAAAGUAACGUACAUCAGAGACCGUCUCUAUGAAAGAAGAACUAUUCUUCAGGACGAAUUGGGAGUAGCUAUGCAGCGCUCUCGGAAGACUGCAAAGCACAUCGCUGCCGUUAUUAAUAACAAUCCAUCUCUACGCACCUUGCGCCAAGAAUAACCUGCCGGAUCAGAAAUCAUUUAAAUUUUAAUUUGUUUACCAGUCUUUGGAAAUACUGUUUUGUUAAAUGUAUUUCUGGAAUUGUUUUAACCCGUAUGACGUAUGAAUUUAGUUACGUUUUAGUUUGUUUUUGUCCGUUGAGUUGUUGAUUUCCAAUGUAGGUGGUUUCU